AUGAGGGAGGACACCUGGGAACAAGGCCACGACCACAAUAACAACACUGCUGCCGUUCACCUACCGUCGAGCGACGAUGCCAAUUGUCACCGCUCUGACGCUCAUCUCUCUCGCGCGGCGAUGCCUUCGAUUUCGACGAGAGCUUGCGGAGAACAGCACACGCGCAAACCACGGACGAUGACCUUUGGUGUCAAAACCGCGCUGUGGUCAGUUCUAGCGACGGCGCCGAUGGUUCUGGCACAGAAUCAGAAUUGCGUGUCGCUUUCUGGCUCGACUGAAUGUCCUGCGUUCAGUGCAGCUUCGAUUUCAACAACAGACGAAACGCUUAGAGGAUACUUCCCAUUCCUGCGUUCCGUUACGAAUACUUCAACGUUCGAUGAACAAUUGCGCUCGUACGUGUCAAUAGGCUACGCGCAACAGAAGUAUCAAGAAUUGCUUGGUUGCGAUAAUGUUGACUUAGCCAACACCACCAAUCUCUACGCCCGCUUUACGAAGAGCGUACUUUGCAAUGCAAUUGUACAGAACUCGGUGCAGCCUUGUGGCCUUUCGUCGGCCAACUCUCGUCCGAUAUGCGCAUCGGCGUGUGCCGACAACGCAGAGAGUGAAGCAUUGAUUGUUGCCAACAACGCCCUUUGCACCAAUCCGGGUGGUAAUGCCGAUAGGCAGAUCAGAGCUGACUUCACCAAUUGCGCCUUGCCCGCAAACUCUCUGAGCGGUACCUGCAUCGAUGGUGCAGCAAACGAACCAACCAAUUGCGGAUUCGGUAACAGUACGAUUGGACUUUGUCAAUAUUGUGGCUCGGGAGGGCAGAACAGCACAGACACGUGCUGCUACAACUCCCGAGCAGACGAGAGGUGCGCCGAUGUAGUGUUGCCUACUAUUACUGCCUUCAUGACAUUUUCUACCGCUUCACCAACGGCAUCAUCAACGGCAGUGCCGACUUCGGUAGCAUCCGCGUCCGCAACCAAUACGGCACCAUCAGGUUCUUCCCGUCGGAGUGGAUUGAGCGGCGGAGCCAUUGCUGGGAUUGUCAUCGGUUCCAUCGCCGCGGUCAUGGCUUUAGCAGCCCUUCUUUUUCUUCUCGUGCUCUGCCUCAGGAAACGUCGUCCGGGAAGCCAAGGAAGCGUAUUUAAUCAACCUUCACCCGCAAGGAAAGGACAGAGCAUGGCUUACAACCCUGUCGCCGCCACUAAUACUACGCCAGAGGGAUAUGAAGUCCUUCCAGGAGGACGGAUUGCCCGAAUGUCAGCUCUAGAAGCUCAAGCAGAAUCACCACCCCGUGAGACCCGAGCCGGCACUGCACUGUCUGGGGCGAGCGGCGGUGCUGCCUAUGCUGCUGGACGGAGCCGCAGACACGAAUCAUCGUCAGAUGAGUAUAGUCCAGUCUCUAAUAACAAUGGCGGUAUAUUGAGACCUCCUCCAACCGCACGACGGAAUGGCUCUCUAUCUAGCAGCUCCGCCUUGGGUUUCGACGACCCUCAAUCACCACACUCUGGCAGUGGCGGAGACAUGUCAUCACCGCAAGGAGUGGCAAGUCAGCAAUCGGAGCAGUUGCCGUUCUUCAAAGACUAUUAUUCGUCUGAUGAAAUCCACCCUGGAGACAAGGUUGCCACGCUCUGGGCCUAUCAACCCAGAGCCGGUGACGAAUUUGCUCUAGAACGAGGUGACAUGCUCAAGGUCGUAGGCAUAUGGGACGAUGGAUGGGCGACCGGGGUUCUGAUAAAUGAAAAUGCCGAAGACUGGGAAGUAAAGAAGCAAGCACAACGCGAUAGCGGCGUCUCCCACACUUCUGGCUCAUCCCCAAAUGCCAGUGGAGAGAUCAAGGCAUUCCCACUAGUCUGUGUAUGCUUGCCAGACCAUUGGAGGAAAACCAUCGAGGGAGAUGGUUCUACAGAAACGACCUCGACUGGCCCUCACGGCGGCAACACAUGA